GGAGGAAUCCAAUACAUACUUCCAUCUCGGAAGCAAAAGACCAAGACGAGUGGUCAAAUAUUUGCACAAAGAGUUGACCAGACGGCUCUUUUAAUUUCCUGUGGUAUUCUUUUGAUCAGGAAUCCAAUACAAAAUCUCUCGACUUGAUUUUAUUCAAAUCAUCAUGGAACAAUUAAAAGUGAAGGUGAAUUGGGUUACAUUUGUCGUAUUACUUCUGCUGGUUCUUGGUCGUGCCUCAUUUUCAGACGGAUUAGAAAACACGCUCUCGAAAUGUUGCACCGUGGGAGUGCGAUGGUCGUGGGAGAACAAUACGUGUUCCGAGUACCCCACUCCGGUCAAAGGUGUGUCAGCCGAACAUCAGGCUCCUUGCUUAUCAACAAUUGAUGCAUGUUGUCGCAGAAGUUAUCGUGAGUUGCAAUGCGUGGCAGGACAAAUGGCUGCAAAAUCAGGACAAGAAUGCAGGUUGGGGAGCGGUUCUGGGGCCCAGCAUCACAAGGAUUGCUGUGAAGGAUGCAAAUUAGGACUGCACGCCGGAGCGAUGGGUCUUUACUGUGAGUUUCACUCUCUGAAACUGGCGUUAGGACCCCCGUGGGAUAGUUCCCUCACAAAAUGCUGCCUACAAGCCGGGGGACGGGGUGGACUUCCGCCUAAAACGUCUCUCAGCACAACACAGUCCCCGCAGGCCGAAAUUUCUCUGGUGCCAUCGUCGUCCUCAUCGUCUUACCGCCCACCAGUGACACGGUCGGGUGGAGAACGGGGAGACAUUUGCUCCUUAUUUCCUGGUCAACUUUGCUCCCACAAUUGCAUCAGCGAAGGAACUUCUUAUCGAUGCACCUGCCGGGAAGGAUUUCGUCUCCUACCCGAUGCCAAAUCCUGCCAACUUGACACAACAACAUCCAUGCCGGAAUCAAGUUCAAGAAGCAGACCGUCCCUGGGCCAGUGUCCCCAAGGAUUCGUGUACAAUCCAAGCUCACAAGUUUGUGAUGAUGUGGACGAAUGUCUGACAGAGAUUGGAAAUAGAGCUUGCUACCCAUACAAGACUUGUCGUAACACCGUGGGUUCAUUUAUUUGUGAGGAUGCUGCCACCGCGACAGGCCAAGGUCAACAGCCCGUGUGCCCACCGGGUUAUCAGAUCGAAGAAGCCACUGGGGACUGUGUUGAUAUUGAUGAAUGCCAACUCCGGGUUGACAUUUGCGUGAGAGAAAUCCAGUACUGCAUCAACACUCCGGGUGGAUUUGACUGUCAGAGCAAGAAAGAUUUCCAACGGUACAACUGCCCAGCCGGAUACAAGUUCAAUAAUGCAACGCUAAAUUGUGAUGAUGUGAACGAGUGCAAGGAAAGUCUCGAUAGUUGCGAGCGAGGUUCUGAAGUUUGUCGAAAUACGGCAGGUGCUUAUGAAUGUGACUCCAAAUGUGAGCUCGGUUAUCGCUACGAUACUCGAGCCAGGACUUGUCAAGAUAUGGAUGAGUGCAAAGAAGGAACUCAUGAGUGUCGAAUUGACAAAGAGAGAUGUGUUAAUGUUCCGGGAAGCUAUCAGUGUCACCAACUCCACUCCGAGGACAGCAAUUGUCCUCCAGGAUAUGAACCCAAUCCAAAUUACAGUUUCCUUUGUCAAGACCGCGACGAGUGCAACACAGGACUCCACACUUGUGGAAGGGACGAAACUUGUAUUAACGAGAUGGGAGGGUACCGAUGUGAAGGCGGAUCACCGGCCUCAAGUCCUGCUGCAGGAGAUGAUUCUGGCUCUACGGAAAUCGGGGUCACGGAUGAUGAUAAUGACACCGAUGACGUCAACGAGAUUUCCGAGGAGGAAGACAAUAACGCUCUGAAUACAAGGUCAGUAUCAUCUGCAUCAACUUUGGGACUCAGGAGCAGAGGGACGGAAAUGCCAAUCAUGUCGAGUCCAAGAACAACGGAGCGCAGUAAUUUUAUUCGACAACAACCGAGACCCUGUCCCACCGGGUACCGUCAAGGUCGAAGUGACCGUGGAGGAAAUUCGAGCUGUGUUGAUGUCAACGAAUGUGAAGAACAGAACCCUUGUGAUAGCACACAGAUUUGUCAAAACUCUGAGGGAAGUUUUUACUGCCAGUGUCGUUCGGGGUAUUACAGAGAUCCAAUUACGGGCUCCUGUCAAGAUGUAAAUGAGUGUCAAACGGGCCAACAUAGCUGUUUAGCGAGCCAAAGGUGCGACAAUUCUCCGGGAUCUUACUCCUGCAUCAGAAUCACGGGGUGUGGCACGGGCUACACGCUCAACUCAAGGUCGGGACAAUGUGAAGAUGAUGAUGAAUGCUUAUUUGGGAAUAAUGACUGCAGUCGACACGGUCCCGAGUACCAGUGCAAAAACACGCUGGGUUCCUUUACUUGUGAACGAGUCAAGAAAAAUUGUCCUCUCGGGUUGUCCCUUGCUCCAAAUGGAGAAUGUCGAUCCGUGUGCACAACAGGUUUCCAGUUUAAUUCCCGAGGGGACUGUGUUGAUAUCGAUGAGUGUACGACGUAUGGAAGAACGCUAUGCGCUACUCAUCACCAAUGCGUUAAUACGAUGGGUUCUUAUCAGUGUAUUUCUAAAAUUAUUUGUCCGGCUGGUUUCGAACCAGAUCCUGCCGGGAAUAGAUGCGUUGACCGGGACGAAUGUGCGGAUGGGACUCACACGUGCAAAGGAAACCAAGAGUGUUUAAAUAGAGGAGGUGGCUUCAUUUGCCAGUGUCCACCGGGACACACGUUGCGUUCUGGGAAUUGUGAAGACAUUAACGAAUGCGAGCGUCAAGUUUGCGCCAGUAAUGCUGAAUGUCACAACACGAUCGGAUCAUUUCAUUGCAUUUGCAAGGAAGGAUUUGAACACGGAUCGGACAACAGAACCUGCUCAGAUAUCAACGAGUGUGAAACAAUUGCUGGACUUUGCGAGCAAACCUGCAUCAACACGUGGGGAUCGUACAAAUGUGCUUGUGGCGUCGGCUUCACCUUGGGCGAGGAAGGAAGAUCGUGCCGAGAUGUGGACGAGUGUGCAGAGGCAGAGGGAAAUUAUCUCUGUAUCGGAAACUGUGUGAACACUCAUGGAUCCUAUCGCUGCGACUGUCCGGACGGAUACAAACUUGGAAGUGACAGCAGAACUUGUCAAGAUAUUGAUGAAUGUGCACUGACACAAGCAUGCCGACAAGACGAGCAAUGUCUCAACACUCGUGGAGGUUUCCGUUGUAAUCGGAUCGAUUGUCCUCCCAGUUAUUCCAGGGAUGGCGAUCUCAACGACCGUUGCAAAAAAUCCGUCCCUUGCAAGGACCGAGACCACCAAUGUCUCCGGGAACCAUUGACAAUUUCCAAAAACUACAUCAGCUUCACUUCCAAAAUCCGUAUCCCAUCGACGGGCUAUGUGGACAUGUUCACGAUGCGAGGACCCAGUUGGUCCGGAGCAGUGAUGCAUUUCCAUCUGGAGGUAAAAAGUACGAGGUCACCCAACGGCGUCCCUGCGGCUGGAAGAAAUCACUUCCUGCUUCGAAGACCCACACCGUAUCAAGCCGUCGUUGCUCUGGCAAAACCCAUUGAAGGCCCACAGGACAUAGAACUUGAGCUGAAAAUGGAAGUCUUCCAUCGUGGUUCAUUCGCCGGCUCGGCCGUUGCACAAAUUUUAAUCGUAGUCACCACCUACGAGUUUUAGCCUUUAUUAUCCAAUCACUUUGCAACUUUGUACCUUUUACUCUUGUCAUUCGAAACUUUUUUCGUCUUAAUUUCAUUCCUAAGCGAAUAAACAGUCACCGACACAAGGCAUUUUUGAAUGUCAAAA